GUCACGUCAAUCACGCAUGCAUACGCCCUUUUAUAAUGCAGCAUGGGGCAGAGAACGUAACAAAAUGAAGGCUUCGUAACGGAAUAUAGUCUUAACAUCAAAACAGAUUAAACGAUUCUCGGUCAUUCACCGAUGGUGACACACAAUGCCGAUAGUAGACAAGCUCAAAGAGGCCCUCAAGCCAGGCCGCAAGGACUCCAGCGACGAGGGCGACCUGAACAAGUUACUGGCUUCAUCCGCCAAGAAAGUGCUUCUGCAGAAGAUCGAGUUUGAACCUGCCAGCAAAGGCUUCAGCUACCAACUGGAGACCCUCAAGACAAAAUAUGUGAUCCUGAAUCCCAAAAACGAUGGAGCGGCGGCACAGAGACCGACUGAACCUGCUCAGAUCAAGAGACAAAUCUCUGAAAGCCUGAGUGUUGGGCAGAGCGAUGGGAUCCCUGCUCCGCAGAAGAUGCUCUUCCCUGGGAACAAGCUUUCUAUGAAGUGGGAACGAGUGUAUCGGGUUGGAGCCGGCCUCCACAACCUGGGCAACACCUGCUUCCUCAACUCUACUGUCCAGUGUUUGAUCUACACCCCGCCGCUGGCCAACUACCUGCUCUCGAAGGAGCACAGCCGAUCCUGUCACCAAUCUGGAUUCUGCAUGAUUUGUGUAAUGCAGAACCAUAUCAUCCAAGCGUUUGCCAACACGGGCAAUGCCAUCAAACCUGUAUCAUUCAUCCGAGAUCUGAAAAAAAUCGCUCGGCAUUUUCGAUUUGGGAGUCAAGAGGAUGCUCACGAGUUUCUGCGUUACACCAUUGACGCCAUGCAGAAAGCUUGCUUGAACGGAUAUCCCAAACUGGACAGACAGACACAGGCCACCACGCUGGUCCACCAGAUUUUUGGGGGUUAUCUGAGGUCUAGAGUGAAGUGCUCUCUUUGUAAAAGCGUGUCGGAUACGUAUGACCCAAACCUGGACAUCACCCUGGAGAUUCGGCAAGCGGCCAACAUCGUUCGUGCUCUGGAACUAUUUGUCAAGCCUGAUGUUUUGAGCGGCGAGAACGCCUACAUGUGUGCCAAAUGCAAGAAGAAAGUUCCAGCGACUAAGAGGUUCACAGUCCACAGAACCUCAAAUGUGCUGACGCUGUCGCUUAAACGUUUCGCCAACUUCAGUGGAGGAAAAAUUACCAAGGAUGUUGGCUACCCAGAGUUCCUGAACAUUCGCCCGUACAUGUCCCAGAGCACGGGUGAUGCUGUGAUGUAUGGGCUCUACGCCGUCCUCGUGCACUCGGGGUACAGCUGCCAUGCUGGACACUACUACUGCUACGUCAAGGCCAGUAAUGGACAGUGGUACCAGAUGAAUGACUCAAUGGUGCACUCCAGUAACAUCAAGGUUGUUCUUAAUCAGCAGGCCUAUGUCCUCUUUUACCUGAGGAUCCCUGAAAAGAAAAAUACAGAUGCUUCAAACACAAAGCAGAGUAUAGUCCACUCUGGGAGAGCUAAUAUGACACCGGAGCAGCUGAAGAAGAGCACACUUAAUGGACCUUUGUCUUCACCGCAGGUUACAAAGAAGCUUGAUCCCGCUCAGCUGAGAAAAAUCCAGUCUGUGGAUGGAGGUCUUGGUAUUCCAUUAGCCAGGUUCAGUUCAGGGGUCCACUCUCCAAAGUUGUCUAAUGGUACGGGGAACUCCCAUCCUCUGCCCAAGCCUCCUGGUGGACCCACACUGAUCGAGGAGACCUUUAAGAAAGUGAAGAAGCCAAUACCUCAGCCUCAGUCCCGCAAUGGCACUCCUGCUCCAUCCAAUGGCCUCCCCAAACCCGACAGCGACAGGAGGAGCAACAGCGAGGGCCGCGGCCUGCCAUCAUCUACCUCACUCAAAUCCCUGUCCGACAGCUCCUCGGCAGACACCUCCUCUGAGUCUAAAGAGUGUUUCGGCACAAGGAGCGCACCUGUAGGCGCCGCCUCUAGAGCGAUGGGUCCAGCGUCUCCAGCUAAGAGCACAGAGCGUGUGAGCUCAGAGGAUCAGAAGGUGGUGAAGCUCAAACCCCAGGCCCUCACCAAUGUCUCGUCAGAGCCCGUCAGCACCAUGUCCCCCCCGCCUGCCAAACGACUCGCCCUGUCCGCCAAGAAGGCCAGUCCGUGGCAGAGCCCGAGCAGCAGCACUGAGGCUCCGCCCCCUUCAUCUCCUCAUCUGUCCAGUGACCCCACACACCUUCUCAGCCGGGCCUCAACCCACCCGCACCACAGAUUUUCACAUUCGGGAAUUUCUGAUUCUCAUCAGCUCAAACUGCAAUCUUCACCUUCGACUCGCCUUCCUAAAGAAUCAAGUCCCCUUAAACGUCCCUCCUCCACUCUGGAUCCGCCCGCUCAUGCUCCCUCUCCACAGACCAAUGGCGUUAAUCCCCAGACGCCCAGUACACCUAGACCAAUCCAGAGCCAGUCAGACCCAACUACAGGACUUCCCCAGGGGCUCACCAGUCCCACUCUCAAAAAGAAGAAAAAGAAACUAAAACGAAGACAUUUGGAAGUCGAGCAGGAUGCCCCUAAAGCCUCGCCCCCAGAAGAACCCAAGCCAAGUACCGAAAUCAGGAAGAAGAAGAAGAAAAAGAAGAGGAAAAGGGAACGAGAGGCCAAAGGUCUUGUGGGACAGAGAGAGCGUGUACAGUCCCAUCUCGAGCCCUGUCAAAAUGAGGACUGGUGUCUUGGAGAAACUUGGAGUAUCAACUCAGAAGCCAAAGAAAAGGAGUUUGAGUCAUCAAAAGUGGCAGAGAAUCGUGAGACCAAACCUCAGUCAGUGCCUCCGAUUGGCCAGCCGGAGACCGACCCCGUCCCGAAGAAGAAAAAGAAGCACAAACUCACAGAGCAGCUGGAAGAGCUCAACAACGGAGUCACCGUUUCAAAGUGUGCUGUUGUAAAAGAGGUUGGUAGCGCAUACCUUGGAGAGACCAAGAAGAAAAAGAGAAAAGAAAAAAACUUAAGAGAAGAGGAGGAGAGACCAAGGGAUGAAGAACAUCUUCAUGAGGAGCUUCAGGAGACCAAUGGAGUCGAGUCUCCUCAUCAGAAGAGCAAUAAGGGCAAACUGAAACCUGGUAAACCCAGCACAGCUGCAGUGAUUGUUUGGGACAGCCGUGUUCAGGAUGGCUACAAGCGUGAGCAGAAUCAUCAAGACACAGAUGAUAUGUCGAGGAAAGGUCCGUGUUUUGCUGCUGUGUGCUGGGAUGGCAAGAAAAGCUGUGAUGUAGUCGAGGAGCUCCUUAAGAACUCCUCAGAUAAAGCUUAUGGGACUGAGGUCCUCAGUUGGGAAGGAGAUGCGUCGGCCAUCAGCAGAGACGCCUUAGAUGAUGCACGCUAUGCCAAAAACCAGACUGUCAUCGAUGAGUGGGACAGGGAGUUUGACAGUGGAAAAGUAAAGAAAAUGAAAAAAUACAAAAAGGAGAAGAGGAGGAAUGCCAAUGUCUUCCAAAAGAUCCAAGAGCAUCGUAACAUGUGGUCAGUCACGCCGGGAGGCAGGAGGAGCAGUCUGGGCUUUCACCACUGAAAGUUGUGAAAUGUGGCUCCCAGUCGUGUGCCUGACCAGAACGGUUACUUGACUGAAUCAGAAGCAGUCGGAUUGGUCUCAGAUUCUUCUGAAGAACUCAAGUCCACCCCGAGUGCAGCAGAACUGUGAAAUAAAGCGACGAGGCUGAGGUCAUCUCCUGAGGCUUUAGUCACCGUCUGAAAUCCAAAAUAUACACCAGUAAUGGUGCCCUUAUGAUCCUAGGAUCAUAGGAAAUAGGACAAACUG